AUGACCUUUGAUGACCUCUUGGAAGAGGCCGGGUCAUUUGGCCACUGUCAGAGGCGAAUCUUUGCCCUGCUCUGCCUCUUGUCGUUGCCCUUUGCAGGGGUAUACGUCGGCAUCGUAUUCCAGGGUUUCACCCCCGAUCAUUGGUGUCGGGACCCUGCAGUGGUGGAGAGGAGGCAUGCAUGCGGCUGGAACCUGACAGACAGUCGCAGGCUGACGGUGCCUCUGGUCAAUGACUCUGGACUGGUGCAGCACAGCACCUGCGAGCAGUAUGAGGUGGACUGGAAUGCCACAGAGCUGACCUGUGACACACAGGAACUGGACCUGAGUGGAGUCCCACUUACAGCAUGCAAGGAAAGCUGGGAGUAUCAGUAUGAAGGCAGGAAAUCCUUCGUCACAGAGUUCAAUCUGGUGUGUUCAGAUGGAUGGUUGGUGGACAUGUUCCAGUCCACUCUCAAUGUGGGCUUCUUGGUUGGCAGUUUCGCUUUUGGCUACUUUGCUGACAGGUUUGGCAGGCAGAUCAGUUUCUUGGUGUCCAACAUUUUGAACGCAGUAGCAGGGAUUGCAGUGGCUAUAGCGCCAAACUACAUCUCCAUCCUUGUGUUCAGGUCCAUCCUUGGCUUCAGUGUCAAAGGAGGCUGGAUGACCUCAUAUGUGCUGCUCACAGAGAUUGUUGGUGUGAAGUACAGGAGAACAGUGGGUAUCUUGUACCAGAUGUUCUUCAGUGUGGGUCUCCUCAUCCUUCCUUUGCUUGCCUACUUUAUCACAGACUGGCGCUGGCUCCAGGUCACCUUCACUGUGCCCUACAUCCUCUUCGUGUGUUAUUACUGGUUUAUCCCAGAGUCUCCGAGGUGGCUCAUCUCUCAGAACCGUUCCUCCAAAGCUUUGAAGAUCACUGAAGCCAUGGCCAAAGAGAACCACAGGACACUAUCCAAGAAUACGGAGUCACUGACUGAUGGUGAAGGUGAGUUUACCUCUGCCUCUUUGCUGGACCUAAUCAGAACUCCAAAAAUGAGAAAACACACCUUCAUCCUCAUGUUUAACUGGUUCACCAGUGCUGUGGUUUAUCAAGGCCUCGUCAUGCGCUUGGGGAUAGCAGGAGGAAACAUCUACAUUGACUUUCUCAUUUCUGGCCUGGUGGAAUUUCCUGCCGCCUUCCUCAUCCUCUUCACCAUUGAACGGAUUGGCCGGCGUCUCCCAUUCGCCACUGCGAAUAUGGUAGCUGGAGCUUCUUGCUUCAUUGCUGCUUUCAUUCCUGACAGCUUGUUCUGGUUGAAGACAGCGGUUGCCUGUAUCGGUCGGUUGGGGAUCACCAUGGCCUUUGAGAUGGUGGUGUUUGUUAACACAGAGCUCUACCCCACAUUUGUCAGGAACCUGGCAGUGUCUGUUUGUUCUACUCUGUGUGAUGUUGGAGGCAUUGUGUCCCCAUUCCUGCUGUACAGACUGGCUGCUAUCUGGCUGGAACUGCCACUCAUCAUCUUUGGAGCUGUGGCAAUCAUAGCUGGAGGUUUGGUGUUGUUACUUCCUGAAACCAAAGGAGUACCUCUCCCUGAAACCAUUGAUGAUAUUGAGUUCCCUAAUUGGAAAAAGCGGAGCCAAGAAGAGAAUCAUCAAAUGAAGAAUCUUCUGAAGUCUGAAGAUCAAAUGAACAACAGGGAAAAGACUACUGAAUGA